GUAAGACGCGUUCACUGAGGUGUGAAGAACGGGUCCGCGCUCCACUAGUAGUGUUAGCUCCUCCUCCACAAAUCAAUGGCUUGCGAGGGCUCGCUCUUACUAGUACGUUUUAGCGUCUUUUUCACAUAGAUAGUUGCGAAAAACAACAGCAGUUAUGUUUACCCUCUCUGAGUUUAUGGUAAUUUUAGCUAUGUUGUCCGCCACCGCGUCAGGUUAUUUUGUAAGCAUAGACGCUCAUGCAGAAGAAUGUUUAUUUGAACGAGUCAACUCUGGUACCAAGAUGGGCCUCAUGUUUGAGGUGGCCGAAGGAGGUUUCCUUGACAUCGAUGUGGAGAUCACGGGUCCAGAUGGGAAGCAGAUUUAUAAAGGAGACAGAGAAUCCAGUGGAAAGUACUCUGUGGCUGCCCAUAUGGAUGGCACAUACAAGUUCUGCUUUAGCAAUAAGAUGUCCACCAUGACGCCCAAGAUUGUCAUGUUUACCAUUGACAUCGGAGAGGCCCCCAAGGGAGACGGCAUGGAGACGGAAGGUGGUGGAGACACCUGGGACGCCCACCAGAACAAGCUGGAGGAGAUGAUUAAUGAGCUAGCAGUUGCCAUGACGGCAGUAAAACAUGAACAGGAAUACAUGGAGGUCCGAGAGAGAAUACACAGAGCAAUUAAUGACAACACAAACAGCCGAGUGGUGCUUUGGUCCUUCUUUGAAGCUCUUGUGUUGGUAGCCAUGACCCUGGGACAGAUCUACUACCUGAAGAGAUUUUUCGAGGUGCGGAGAGUUGUGUAAAACAAGGCUUUUUUCCCAACUCCAAAGUGAGUCAUCGUUCACUUGAACCAUUAGCCGCACCAUACUACAAAGUUGGAAAUCAAACAACCUCUGAAAAGCCUUUUCCUUAUCCAGUCUCAUGUCUCUGUUUUUCUCUUCUCGUACUUCAGGCCAUGGUACAAUGUAUGUUUUUCCAAUCGAGGAGAACUGUCUUUGCAUUGACUCCUCAGACUUUGAUAUCAAUAGCACUGAAGAGGGUAUUAUACAUUUUUGAUCAAGAAGAGUAUUUAUGCAUUCAAACCCACUGCCCUAAAACUCAAUGCCAGGAGGUUUUGUAGUAAGUUGUGGACACAUUAAAUACAACACUGGGCUUGGAAUGAUAAUUGUUACAACUGUUCAGCUUGCUCUAGAUGUUUUUUAGGGAGUAUAUUUUGUCGUACAAAUACGUUUUUUUUAACACCUACCGUGCCAAUCAGUCACAGUAUGCACAAUGCAUAUUUAAUGGAAAAAGUAAUGGUAUAUAAUUGUACUGUAUGUAUUUAAGACUGUUACAUUUUGGGGUAAAAUGCAGAAUAAGAAAAGCCUUGGUGUGAGAUCUGAGCUAUUGUUGCCAGUUUGAAGUAGUUGCUUGAGCAUUUAUUGUUCUAGUAUUGUACUUUAUCAAAUGAGGACAAUUUUGUGCAGAUCUUAUUCUAGUUUGUAUUGGUAGUUAUGUUCAAUGUUUUAUUCUGGGUUAGCAGAGGGUGACAUUGGUCACAACGGGGUGAAUAACAGAUACAGAGCUCAGACUUUCAGAGUCAAGUUAAAAUGUGGAUGAACUCAUGACCCAAAUCCAGUUCAUAAUAAAGUGUUUCCUUGUCCUCAA